ACAUUAUGACAUUAUAUUUAUAAAAACUUAUACUGAAAGUUAAUAUUACCCUCCAAGUCUGUAAGCAUCGCUUGUGUUCAAACUUCAAAGUUUGGCGUGUUUGAAUUAAUCACGUUAACCUUGACCCCAGUCUCCACGAAUGACCCUCCAAGUCUGUAAGCAUCGCUUGUGUUCAAACUUCAAAGUUUGGCGUGUUUGAAUUAAAAACACGUUAACCUUGACCCCAGUCUCCACGAAUGACCCUCCAAGUCUGUAAGCAUCGCUUGUGUUCAAACUUCAAAGUUUGGCGUGUUUGAAUUAAUCACGUUAACCUUGACCCCAGUCUCCACGAAUGACCCUAGUCUCUGCGAAUGUAAAGAAUUUGGAGAAUUCACCGGUCCGUCUACAGGCUAGGCUGGAUCUAUCCUAGCCUCCAUAGUUAAAUUGUUGUGAAAUGUUUGUUUCGUUCCUUGGAAAUUGAUCUUUUGUUCCCUUUACUUAUUCUCCAACUCCACUGUUUCUAGUUCCUCUGUGGGUAUUGGCCUAUUUUCUGAUAGAAGGAAAAACAAAAAAACUAUUUCAAACACCAGAUUGAGAUAUCUUCCUCCUCCUCCUCCUUAUGUUGUCGCUAUCAUCAUCAUCAUCUUCUUCUUUUUCUCGACACAAAUAUGAUGUUUUCUUAAGUUUUAGAGGUGAAGAUACCCGCAAAAACUUCAGUGAUCAUCUAUAUGCUGCUUUAAAAAGGAAUGGAAUCGUCACUUUCAGGGAUGAUCCAAAGCUUGAGGCUGGAGAGGAGAUCGCAGCAGAACUGUUUAAAGCGAUUCAAGAGUCAUGGUGUUCAGUAAUUGUUUUUUCUGAAACGUAUGCCUUUUCAGGUUGGUGCUUGGACGAGCUCCAUGAGAUCGUUAAACAGAAAAACGAGAAGGGGCAUAAAAUUUUCCCAAUUUUCUAUGAUGUGGAUCCAUCUGAUUUGAGAAGACAGACAGGGAAAGUUGAAGAAGCCUUUGUCAAACAUGAGGAGAAAUACAAGGAAAACAAAGUCAAGACCCAAAGGUGGAGAAUUGCUUUAACUGAAGUGGCUAAUGUCAAAGGAUGGCAUUUAAAUAGCAGGCAUGAAUCGGAAUUUAUUGGAGACAUUGUCCAAAAGAUAUCGGCUAAAUUAUGUCAAACAUAUUCAAUUUUUCCUGAUGAAUUGAUUGGAAUUAAUUCACGUUUGGAAGAGUUGUAUUCGAAAAUAGACAUUGGGGAAGACGAUGUUCGCAUCCUAGGGAUUUGUGGUAUGGGUGGCAUUGGUAAAACGACUCUUGCAAGAGUUGUUUAUACCCAAAUGUCACCUCAUUUUGAAGGUAAAAGCUUUCUUGCCGAUGUUCGAGAAGUUUCAGAGAAAUGUGGACUUGUUUCUUUACAGAAACAACUUCUUUCUCAGACCUUAUUGGAAGAAAGUUUCAAUUUAUUCAAUGUUCAUGAAGGGAUUGCCAUGAUUAGUCAUAGGCUAUCUCACAAAAAGAUUCUUCUUGUUAUUGACGAUGUUGAUAACAUACAGCACUUAAAAUUCUUGGUUGGAAGGCUUAAUUGGCUGGGGUUAGGGAGUAGAAUCAUCAUAACAACUAGAGAUGAACAUUUGCUGCGAUGUUAUGGAGUUGAUGAUGUGUAUAAGCCGACAUUAUUGAAUGCCAAUGAAGCACUUCACCUCUUGAAUUUGAAAGUUUUCAAUAGUGAUACAGUGCCGAAAAAUGAUGACUUCGUUGAGCUUUCUAGACAUGUUAUAAAAUAUGCUGACGGCCUUCCAUUAGCUCUUGAAGUUUUGGGUUCUUUUUUGUGCGGUAGAGAUGCAACUCAAUGGAGAAGUGCAAUUGAAAGACUUAAAAGAGAUUCUAAUAAAGAAAUUCUCGAUAGACUUCAAAUAAGCUUCGAUGGAUUAGACGAAAUAGAGAAGAAUAUAUUUCUAGAUAUAGCAUGCUUCUUCAAUAAGGAGGAGAAAGAUUUUGUCAUAAAAGUAUUGGAUGGUUGCGAGUUUUUCCCGGAUAUUGGAAUAGAUGUUCUCAUUAAAAAAUCUCUUGUAACAGUUGAUAAAGAUAACAAAUUGUGGAUGCAUGACUUGCUACAAGAGAUGGGAAGAAAAAUUGUUAGGCAAAAAUCUCUGGACGAACCUGGAAAACGUUGUAGAUUGUGGGACGAAAAGGAUGUCUAUCAUGUGCUAACAAAAAACACUGCUACAGAAAUGAUUGAAGGCAUGAUCAUCGACAAUAAAAGCAAGGAACUGAAAUCUCUCACAUUAAGUGCAAAUGCCUUCUUGAAGAUGAAAAAGUUAAGAUUGCUCAAAGCCUUCUAUCUCCCAAAUUCUCAUGAUCUCAAAUACCUUUCCAAUGAGUUACGGCUUUUUGAGUGGCAUGGAUAUCCUUUAAAGUCCUUGCCUUCAAGCUUCCAACCGGACAACCUUGUUGCACUUCUUGUACCUUAUAGCCGCAUUCAACAACUAUGGAAGGGAAAAAUAGAGUCAUUAUAUAAGUUGAAAUUGGUCAACCUCAAAGGCUCCCAAAACCUGAUCAAGACACCAGACUUAACAAUGGCCCCAAAUCUCGAAAGUUUAAUUUUGGAAGGUUGUACCAGAAUUGUAGAUGUUCAUCCAUCUAUCGGAGUUCUAAAAAAGCUUAAACAUUUGAAUUUAAGAGACUGCAAAAGUCUUAGGAGUCUUCCAACCAAAAUUGGAACGGAAUCACUUGAAACAUUAAUUCUUACAGGCUGCUCAAAUCUUCAAAGGUUUCCAGAAAUUGGUGGGGAAAUGAAAUGUUUGAUGGAGCUUUAUUUAGAUGGAACAGGAAUUGAAGAACUUCCCUCUUCAAUUGGACAACUCAGCAAUCUAGUUUUGUUAAAUCUCAAAAAUUGCAGAAAGCUUUCCAGUCUCCCAAGCAGCAUAGAUGGGUGUAAAUUUCUAAAAACUCUUAAUAUCUCAGGCUGUUCUAGAAUCAAAACUUUGCCGGAGAAUUUGCAGCAAGUAGAAUUAUUAGAGGAGCUUGAUUUAAGUGAAACUGCCAUGCGAAAACCACCAUCCUUCAUUUUUCAAUAUAAAAAGCUUAAAGUCUUGUCUUUCAGGGGAUGCAAGGGACCACCAUCUAAAUUACGACCAAAUCCGCCUUCUCUUUUCAAGGUAUUGCAAAGAGGAAGUACGGACUCUUUGGCUCUAAUGUUACCUCGUUUGUCAGGUUUGAGUUUUUUAAAAGUGUUGAAUCUAAGUGACUGCAACCUUUGUGAAGGGAAUAUUCCUGAUGAUAUUUGCUGCUUAUCAUCUUUAGAAGAAUUAAAUCUUAGUGGUAACAGUUUCAUCAGCCUACCUGAAACUGUUACUCGACUUUCCAAGCUUCGUUUUCUCCUAUUGUCAGAUUGCAAGCGGCUUAAAUCAUUGCCUGACCUUCUAGCAAGCAUAGAAGGUGUGAUCAUAGAUGGUUGUGUUUCAUUGGAAGUAUUAGAAAAUCCGACAACCGUAUGCAAUUCACUAGAUUGGGUUUAUCUUCAUGGUACUAAUUGCUACAGAUUGGCGGCCAAUAACGAUUCAUUAGCAUUACUAAAAAACCAUAUGAAGGUAUUUGCAAAUGAAAGAACAAUAAUUGAUAUUUUUGUCCCUGGAAGUGAAAUCCCAGAAUGGUUCUGCCAUCAUAGGGCUGAAUCAAUAAAGAUAAAACUGCCUCCUAAUAUUCAGAAUGAUAGUCGGUGGAUGGGAGUUGCUUUGUGCUGCGUAUUUGUGUCUGCCUUCAAUGAUAAUGGUGAUAGUGAAGAGGAUAGUUUUAUGUUUAAAGUCAUUAUUAGUGGUAGAAAUCCUCGAAAAGUCGAUUGUAGUGACUUUAUUUUUAGGAGAAACUAUAGACCGCCUCGAGUUACGAAGGACCACCUUUGGCUACGUUAUUGGUCUCGAGACAAGUUAUAUCCGUUAUUAUUGGAGGACAGAUAUGGUGAAAAUGAGAAUUUAUUGAGCAAAGAUCGAGCAGACCAGGAAGGCAAUGAAACUGAGUUGUUAUUGGAACCCUGUGUAAAUGGCAUGCGUCCCAAGUUGAAGAAAUAUGGGGUUCGAAUAGUGUACAAGAAAGAUUUGGAAGAGAUGGCACCAAUAAACGACCAGCAUAGCAGUCCAACUUCUGCAAAUUUUAAUGAUAUCCAUCAAGACAGAAUUGAUCAUGGAUUAACAAGGAAUGGUGCCCUAAAGCGAAAACGGAAUACCGAUGAGGAGGCAGGAACUAGUGAGAGUGACAACACUGACGAGAGACCACAACCAAAGCGGUUAGAAAAAAUUUUAGAUCUUAUAAUGAGGAAGAAACAUUUUUGGUAAACUACUAAUUGCAAGUCUUUCUAAUUCUUUUUGCCAGACCUUUUAAAUUGUUUAAUUUUAUUUGUGUUCAUUUUUUACACGAUUUAAAC